GUGAAGCACGGGUGUAAAUGAUUAUUUAUAUUCCCGUUAGCUGAUUUCCGGUUGCUGGCAUCGCGCGCGUUGUUAUUAGUAACACCUGUGCAUCUCCUCCAGCUGUCUGCGGUGAGCAGGGGCUGUGUCCGUGGUGCCUUCACGUCCUGUGGGAGUAAUACCACUUACACUGGUAUAUGAUUAUACCACCCUACAGUAUUAAUGAACAGACAAUAGCUGCUUUAAUGAAGUAAACCCAGUGCCUCUUUCCCCCUUAUUGAAAGGAGGAGGAGAUACUAGGUUGUAGAAUCACACUGCGCCUUUACAGGACACGGGUUGUGGCCUCAAUGGAAGUUACAUACUCUUUGAAAACAAUUCAAAUAUACUUUUAAUCUAUGAUGCUAGUUAUUUAGGUUUUUGUUUAUUGUUAUUAUAUACUCUCUAUGGCCUGUUUGCAUCGUUAAUGAUUGUAUUGUUCCUGUCCAUAGCAGAUAAAGCGCCAUACAAAGAACAUGUUCAUCAUUUUGUCAGUCUGCUUCUUCUGCUUGGACGACAGCCUACAGCUAUCCUCCACUCUUUUCACGGUACCUGAACGCACCGCCCCUGGGGGUGUGGAUCCAGUUCUUCCCCACUGACUGGAGGCAGUCGGCUGAAUCAUGGGACGGCGGUCCGAGCAGUGAGCCAAGCAGGCUGCGGACAGGGACGGAGCAGAGACGGCGUGGUUCACCUCCGACUCCAUUAUCGCCAUCACCACAGCUGUCAGCCUACCGGCAGCAGCGCGCGGGGCUUCUCGUGGCGUGGACUCUGGAUCAGCCCGCGCACGAGGAUGGAGAUCGAUAAGAGGACGAAUGGCUUUGACUUCCCGGAGAGAAACACCGACAAGUCCGUUAACGACUUCUACAGUGACCUUCCACUGGAGUCUGAAAAGAACGACGGCAUGGAUGAUCCGGCUGACCAGCGUACUUGCCUCAUCUGUGGAGAUCGCGCCACAGGCCUGCACUAUGGCAUCAUCUCCUGUGAGGGCUGCAAGGGCUUCUUCAAGCGCAGCAUCUGCAACAAGCGCGUGUACCGCUGCAGCCGCGACAAGAACUGCGAGAUGUCGCGUAAGCAGCGCAACCGCUGCCAGUACUGCCGCCUGCUUAAGUGUCUACAAAUGGGGAUGAAUCGCAAAGCAAUCAGGGAGGAUGGCAUGCCAGGAGGGAGGAACAAAAGCAUCGGGCCUGUUCAGAUCACAGAGGAGGAGAUUGAGAGGAUCAUGUCGGGGCAGGAGUUCAAGGAGGAUGCCCCGGAGCACACAUGGGGCAACAACGGCGACAGCGACCACAGCUCUCCAAGCAACGGAGCCUCGGAGGGCAACCAGCCGUCCCCCGCCUCCACUCUGUCGUCCAAUCGCUCUGUGGAGAUGAAUGGCUACACGGCGGCCCUCAGGGAGCAGUACAUCAAUACCUCCAUGUCCACGCACUACCAGAUCCUGCCUCAUCUGUUCAGUUACGCUGCCCAGUCAGGCCUGCUGGCCCCCCAGCCCCGCAGCCUCUACCCACAGUCCCACCCACUGGUGCUGCAGCUGGUGGCUGCUGAAGACCUGGCCCCCCUGGCAACCCCGAUGCUUAUUGAAGACGGGUACAAAGUGACUCAGGUGGAGCUGUUUGCUCUGCUGUGUCGUCUGGCAGACGAGCUGCUCUUCCGCCAGAUUUCCUGGAUCAAGAAGCUGCCGUUCUUCUGUGAACUCUCCAUCGAGGACUACACCUGCCUGCUGAGCUCCACCUGGCAGGAGCUGAUCCUGCUCUCCUGCCUCACUAUCUACAGUGCCCAGAUUUUUGGAGACCUGGCUGAUGUCACCGCCAAGUACACGCCGUCUGACGACGAGCUGCAGGGCUUCAGCGAGGAUGGCAUGGAGGUGAUGGAGCGGUUGAUAUAUCUGUUUCGCAAGUUCCACCAGUUGAAGAUCAGUAAUGAGGAGUAUGCCUGCAUGAAAGCCAUCAACUUCCUCAACCAAGAUAUCAGAGGACUGUCCAACAUCUCCCAGCUGGAGCAGCUCAACAAGCGCUACUGGUAUGUGUGCCAGGACUACACGGAGUACAAGUACCCACACCAGCCCAAGCGCUUCCCUGAGAUCAUGAUGUGUCUCCCGGAGAUCCGCUGCAUCGCAGGUAAGCUGGUGAAUGUCCCUCUGGAGCAGCUCCCUCUCUUGUUCAAAGCAGUCUUGCACUCCUGCAAAUCCAGCCUGAGCAGCUACAGGAGCGGUCCGUCGCCCUGCGUGACCACCUCCUCCGGAAAGUAGACCCCGCCCCGCGCCCCGCGCCCCGAGUCCAGGGAGCGGUCGCCCCUCUUGUGAAUGUGACAAGCAGCUAGUUUGUUUUUUGUAACGUUUCUUUAUGUAUUUAUUACACGACAGAGCUGAAUGUAUGCUGAUUACACUGUGCACAUGCUUCUGUACAAAACAAAUGCUCGUAGAUGCAUUGGUCUUUGGAGUUUACAAGUGUGUAUCCAGUUUGCUCAAUGUGUCAGUGUUGCUAUUGUUAGAGCUAGACUUUGAAAGAGUUUAUUUUAUUCAGACGGGGGCAGAUGGACACGUGUUUUGUAAGUGUUUUGAGACUACCUCAGGAAAAUGUUUUUGCUAAUUUCAGGUACCUUUUCUUUCUGUUAAAUGAAGAGUUGCCCAGUAUAAAACCAAAUCACCUCAAUCACAAACUGAAUGUUCAAAGGAGCUGCGUAAAUCAAAGGUUGGAAACAGUGUUCCGUUGCACUGAAGUGAUGCAAAAUGCAGCUACUUUAGACGUCCUGCUAAUAGUAAGCGGUCUUGUCAAUUUAACAUUCCAUGGGUUAAGGUGACAGUUAUUGGAUUAGUGGGAUCUUUAUGGAAAAACGGAGUUUACGGGUAUUUUUUACAAUCAGACAGGGGAUGUAAUGCUUUAUUGCAUUGGAAGGGGAGGGUAGUUAGGUUUGGUGUUUUAGUGUUUUGUUUUUGCUUUUCUUUAUUUGACCAAAGUGUUAUGCAAUGCUUUUUUCACCCAUUGAUGGGUAGGGGGAGAUAGCUCCCCCAAAAUGUUUCUUAUUGAUGAAGGAUCAGGAUAAGAUGAGAAUCAAUCUGUGCACGAGGGGAGAACCCUCUGCUGGACAGAUGAGUACAUCGCUGGAUUUCAUUGUAAAUGCUGCUAAACGUGCACACGUAUAUGCAUUAAGCAGAUGCGGUGAUAGAUUGAUAGACCUUCUGGUCAAUGAUGGCUUGUUUGGGCUCCGCCACCUUCAGCGCCAGGACCGCAAUGCAGAGUUAGUCUGCUCACAACACACAAUCACCUAAAUGUGAUGUUUAAGUCGAGGUAACACAUGAAAUCAGUUUUCAAUUCAUUCAGAUCAAACCUACAAAGACGACAGAGAGAGAUUUUGAUUGGUCGAAAAGAUUAAUAGACGUGGAACAACAACGACAGGAUUCACGUCUGAACAGAAGCCAAAGAAAGCCGACUAGGACGAGGACUGAUCGGAAGACUUUGUUUACCUGCCCAGCUUCCAACGGGUUGAGAAAAGCUGUGACUUUCAGUGGCCAAUUUGAGAGGAAGUUGGACUGUUCGCGGGUAGUGUCAGGUCCAAUCCAAAUGUUGCACAGACCACAGACCAGCAGCAGUUUGAGCUGGACCUGUUCCAGAUCCACAGGACUUGAGAAAGGGUGGACUUGGUUCAGGUCUGGUCUUCAGGUCUCAAAAACAAAACAAUGAAUUCUCUCCUGUAUUAGCUACUAGUUAGCGGAUUAUCACUUUAAGGGAUGGAUUGACUUGGAUGGGUCUGGGCCGUGUCUCAAUGAAUCCAGCGUUCCCUCUGUGACGAUGAACACAUUGUUUAACAGAAGCCAUAGAAAAUGGUCUUUAUUUUUGAGGUACGAGAAGAUCAUUUCAAACCGGUUGAAGUGUCUUUGACUCCUUAAUUUUUUGCCGUUUCCUUAUGUACAAACAAUUUAAAAUGCUCUCUUUUUUUGCACACAACGGGGAGGUUUAGAGACCUUGACCUUUGACCUCGGCCACUGCCCACCCAGUGUGUUCCUCACUCAGGUCCCUGGCGACCUGGAUCUAAACAGGGUAAAGUGAGCUCCUCGCUGACCAUGCUUAUGUACUUGUAUUGGUAGACAUAGGUUACAUUGUAGGUCCUUUUGUAGAAGUGUUUUUCUUUGCGUCUUAACCCCCCCCCCACCUCAUUUAGUAAAGUAAGUGCAGUUUGAAGAUGAGACUUGCAGGGUGGCAUGUGGUGACGGAUGGAGCAGCAGGAGGCGGUGGCACCCCCUCCGUCACCUUAACACCACCCAUCCUUUGCAGGGUUCUUCUUUCAAAUGUUUCACUUCAGUCUUUUGAUUUUUAUACAUGUUCAUUUACCUUUUGUAGUUAUGAUGUCAAUGUUUUUUUGUUUUUCACAUAUCCAUUGUCUCUUUUUGGGGGUGGGGGUGGAAGAGUAUCCCUAUCAUUUUUCAUGCUUUGAUUAAAUUCUUGAUUUGAUUUUUAUCUUUUUUUUUUUUUUAAUUGAUUAAUUCCCAUGAACACUGUAAGCCACAUUCUCUAUGGACGAUGCUGAUAAUUCAGAGCUUUUAUCAUUCAUCAUUUAUCAUUUCAAAACUUUUACAAUGCAAAUGUAAUGCUUUAGGAGCCUUUUCUGAUUUCAAAGCUGAAUGAUUCUGAGAACAGACUGUUUUUUUUUUAAAAUAUGCAUCAUUUGUCACAGAGGCUUCUGAUUUUAAAGGGGCGUUUCACCUACGUUACUGCGCACACACAAUGGUUUAAAGCUUUCGCCUUUUUUUGUCCAGGUGUUGAAAUGUUAGAAAGCAUAAGAUCUCAGGGAAAUGUACUUUUAUGCAUCCAAAGUCGAAGUGAUGGGAUGUAUCCUUAAAAGAAAAACACCUAAUCCUUUACCACUGUGGAGGAGCAGCACAACUGAGUUUCAUAGCAGAUUUAAACCAAUAAUUCUCCGAGCAUUGUGCACCAAUGUUCAACAAUCCCUCGUACAGAAGCAGCCCUGAGUCCCUUUGAACUGUAGCAGAAGCAAAAGAAGGAACCAGUGUACAAAGCCACUUCAUCUCCGAGUAACUCCAGGAAUGCACUGAACAUCAGACUGCUGAGAUCUGACAGUGGAAGAGGAUCUGAAGUUGUUUUUUUCUUUUAGUGUAGCAGCAAAUGCUAUCAAUAUAAUCAACAUAAUGCAUCCUAACACGGCUACUUUACUGCACCCCUCUGACCUGCUGCUGCACCAAAGAAAGUGUUCUUUAUUUUCGGUAUUUGUAUUUUUUGCAGCCAUGGGAUGUUUUACAUUUGCCUUUUUGUACUAAAACUACCUUUUUAUUUGUCAUUCUGUUGCUUUCUUUCAAAAGAUUGGUCUUAUUUAUUGGUUUCAUUACACCUGUGUUCUGUUAGUUUGUCUCAUUUCACUCAGUGAGCGCUCAGUUAUAUCCACUACAACUGUUCUUAAGUAUGUGGCCUUUUACGCCUCUCUACCUCACACUCACCUGCUGUCAGCAGCUUGUAUUUUCUCUGGUUAUGUUUGUUACACACUGAACACACUCACUCUGUCCUUUCAGGGGUCCUCUACCUCCUUUUAGUGUGAGUCCAAUACCAAAUGUGAAAGUGUCAGUGACAGUACUGAUUAAGCAUUCACGUGAUGCAUUCUUGCUGCAGUGAACCAGUGCUUUAUUUUCCUGUGUUGACCUUUUUGGAAUAUGUCUUGUUAUCUGGUGAAUGGCUAUUUGCCCUGUACACACAAUUCACCACAUCAUACUAUGACGCUGUUUUUUUAUCCAUUAUGCUCGCUGAUUGUCUAUCAGUGGAAGGCAACAGUGGAACUGUAUCACAUAGGACUCAUGCAAUGCAUCUCCCAAUGGAUUAUCAAACAGAGAAUUGAAUUGUGGUCAAAGUGACAUCUCAUGUUUACAUGCUUCGGGCUCACUCGUGUGACCCUGACGCCGUGGCACGCGACUACUGCAGUGUUAUCGCUGGGGUUG